ACUUCCGGGUUAUCGGGGUAUGGGUCGCAUUUUAAUGCAAACAAUUAUUAGAUACAGAUACCUGAUUACCAGACGCUUUCGCUUAAUUUAAACACAACAAACAUGGGGAAAAAGCAUAAAAAGCACAAGCCGGAGUGGAGAACAGUUGAUGACUGUGAGGACAAGCCUUUUGAGAAGCAGCUGAAGCUGGUGCUCAAAGUGGGAGGAAGUGAGAUCACAGAACUCUCAGGCUCCGGCCAUGACUCCAGUUACUACGACGACAGGUCAGACCAUGAACGAGAGCGCCACAAGGACAAAAAGAAGAAGAAGAAGAAAAAGUCUGAGAAGGAGAAAGACAAACACGUAGAUGAUGAGGAGAGGAGAAGACGGAAGGAAGAGAAGAGGAAGAAGAGAGAGCGGGAGCAGAAUGAAUCAGAGGCUGCUACUGCCUCUGCCAGUGGUGUAGGCCUGACCACUGUUGUGCCCAGUCACACUGGUGUGGCAGUCGAGCCUUUCAUGCUGCCGAAGAUACCAAACAUUGGUAUUAGUUUUGAGCAGCAGGAGGAGAAGAAGAGGAAGAGGGAGAGGUCUGAGAUGGAGCCGGAGGUGAUGGACCAGUUUCACCCCAACAUCAAGGUAGAGGUGGAGCAACAAGGAGACCGGCCUGUCAGGGCUUGCAGGACAACCCCGGAGAGUGAGUGCACCCCUCGACAGCAGCUCCUGGAACACUUCCUGCGCCAGCUUCAGAGGAAGGAUGCCCAUGGGUUCUUCACGUUCCCAGUGACGGACGCCAUCGCUCCAGGUUACUCUGUGAUAAUCAAACACCCCAUGGAUUUCAGCACCAUGAACGACAAGAUCACAGACAACGAGUACAAAACCGUCACAGAGUUCAAGGCGGACUUCAAGCUGAUGUGUGAUAACGCCAUGGUGUAUAACCGUCCAGAGACCGUUUACUACAAGGCUGCCAAGAAACUUCUGCACACUGGCUUCAAGAUGAUGAGCAAAGAGCGGCUGUUAGCACUGAAGCGCAGCAUGUCUUUCAUGCAGGACAUGGAUUUCUCUCAGCAGGCGGCCAUUUUAGGGGACGAGGACUUGGCGUCUGAGGAGCCCCCUCCGGAGGUCCUCCCCAUGCCUGUGGAGUCGGCGUCGGCCAAGAAAUCCAAGAAGCAGCCCAAAGACAUCAAAGAUAUGAAGGAAGUCAUCAGCUGUUACCUGUAUGAGCCAGAGGGGAACGCCUGCAGCCUGACUGACAGCACAGCGGAGGAACACGUUCUGGCCCUGGUGGAGCACGCUGCAGAUGAAGCACACGACCGCAUCAACCGAUACAUGCCCAACUCCAAGAUGGGUCACCUGAGGAAAGAGCCUGAUGGUAAUCUGUUGUACACUGUAGUAAAUCAGCUGAAUCCAGAAGCAAAAGAGGAGGAGACCCACCCUGUGGACCUGAGCUCUCUGUCCAAUAAGCUCCUACCUGGAUUAACAACACUGGGUUUCAAAGAUGACAGGAGACACAAGGUGACGUUCCUGAGCAGUACCUAUAACACCCAGACCCUACAGAACAACUCCAUCUACCCAGACCUGCUGCCUGAUGAGAUGGACCUGCUCUACUCAGCCUACGGGGAUGAGACUGGGGUGCAGUGUGCUCUCAGUAUUCAGGAGUUUGUUAAAGGUUGUGGGAACGUUACUAAGCGUUUGGUUGACGGGCUGCUGGAUAAGAUGACUGCAGGGGAUCACUCUAAGGCUGUCUACCAGAUCAGACAGAAAAGAAACAUGGCGUUACCAGACGAAGCCAAGAGCAACAUUUACGAUAUGCAGAUGGCUGAUGGGACAGGUCUGGGAGAGGGCAGCUCAGUGCUGGACUUCAUGUCCAUGAAGAGCUACUCUGACAUGUCUCUGGAGAUGUCCAUGCUCAACUCUUUAGGGAAGUCAGUGAAGAAGGAGCCGGAGCAUGAAGACGGGGUCAGCCAGCAGCACUUUGAGGAGGCAGCCAAGCUGCUGCAGGAGUUCCAGGAGGGCCAGGUGGAAAGGGGAGGCUCCAGACCCUCCUCUAACCUCUCCUCUCUGUCAGGGACCUCAGACAGGGACCAGCACCACCUGGGGAGUCCCUCACACCUGGGUGUUGGUGACCAGUCUGAGAUGGUUCAUGACCCCUAUGAGUUCCUCCAGUCUCCAGAGCCAGGCUCCACAUCCAACAGCUAACCCCUAUGAGUUCCUCCAGUCUCCAGAGCCAGGCUCCACAUCCAACAGCUAACCCCUAUGAGUUCCUCCAGUCUCCAGAGCCAGGCUCCACAUCCAACAGCUAACCCCUAUGAGUUUCUCCAGUCUCCAGAGCCAGGCUCCACAUCCAACAGCUGACCUAUGAGUUCCUCCAGUCUCCAGAGCCAGGCUCCACAUCCAACAGCUAACCCCUAUGAGUUCCUCCAGUCUCCAGAGCCAGGCUCCACAUCCAACAGCUGACCUAUGAGUUCCUCCAGUCUCCAGAGCCAGGCUCCACAUCCAACAGCUAACCCCUAUGAGUUCCUCCAGUCUCCAGAGCCAGGCUCCACAUCCAACAGCUGACCUAUGAGUUCCUCCAGUCUCCAGAGCCAGGCUCCACAUCCAACAGCUAACCCCUAUGAGUUCCUCCAGUCUCCAGAGCCAGGCUCCACAUCCAACAGCUAACCCCUAUGAGUUCCUCCAGUCUCCAGAGCCAGGCUCCACAUCCAACAGCUGACCUAUGAGUUUCUCCAGUCUCCAGAGCCAGGCUCCACAUCCAACAGCUGACCUAUGAGUUCCUCCAGUCUCCAGAGCCAGGCUCCACAUCCAACAGCUAACCCCUAUGAGUUUCUCCAGUCUCCAGAGCCAGGCUUCACAUCCAACAGCUAACCCACACUGGCAAGUUGCCUCUGACUAGGGUAGCUCUGGUCACAAUACCAGUAUCACUAUACUAUGAUACUCAACUUUCCAAGGCAAAAAAUGAAACACGAAACAGUUUUAACUCUUUAAAAAUCUGCUUUAUCUAAAAUAUUGUUUUCUAUAGCUUGAAAAACAAACAAAUGUGUCUCUGGGUGACAACAUAAUGCUGCUUGUUUGUAUCCAACAUUAGGACUUCUGACUAUUGCGAUAAUGCUAUUGAGACACUACUAGGGAGUUGGUAGAAGAUGCCUCUAACUACUGGUCUGAGGUCAGAUAAUGUUUGAUGGGUAAUCUGAUCCUAGAUCUGUGGCUUAGAGGAAACUUCUACUCAGAGCUGAUCUGAGGUCCUGUUUUUAACCACACUGGUUGUUUUGUUGUCUGACUCUGCUCUCAACACACCGGGGACAACGAGAGCGAACCUCAGACAUGUUGUGAAAGGUCAGACAUGUUGUGAAAGGUCAGACAUGUUGUGAAAGGUCAGACAUGUUGUGAAAGGUCAGACAUGUUGUGAAAGGUCAGACAUGUUGUGAAAGGUCAGACAUGUUGUGAAAGGUCAGACAUGUUGUGAAAGGUCAGACAUGUUGUGAAAGGUCAGACAUGUUGUGAAAGGUCAGACAUGUUGUGAAAGGUCAGACAUGUUGUGAAAGGUCAGACAUGUUGUGAAAGGUCAGACAUGUUGUGAAAGGUCAGACAUGUUGUGAAAGGUCAGACAUGUUGUGAAAGGUCAGACAUGUUGUGAAAGGUCAGACAUGUUGUGAAAGGUCAGACAUGUUGUGAAAGGUCAGACAUGUUGUGAAAGGUCAGACAUGUUGUGAAAGGUCAGACAUGUUGUGAAAGGUCAGACAUGUUGUGAAAGGUCAGACAUGUUGUGAAAGGUCAGACAUGUUGUGAAAGGUCAGACAUGUUGUGAAAGGUCAGACAUGUUGUGAAAGGUCAGACAUGUUGUGAAAGGUCAGACAUGUUGUGAAAGGUCAGACAUGUUGUGAAAGGUCAGACAUGUUGUGAAAGGUCAGACAUGUUGUGAAAGGUCAGACAUGUUGUGAAAGGUCAGACAUGUUGUGAAAGGUCAGACAUGAUUGUACAGAUUAUUUGUAUGUGCGCUAUACUUAAGAGAAUAAAGUCGCCACAGGUUGUGUUUUUACACACUACUGUGUCAUCAGGUUGUGUUUUUACACAGUA